GAAAAAACGAAGCUAGAGAAGCCAGUGCUUCGAUCGAUUUUUAAUGUCAUUGCUGUCUAGGAGUAUUGACAGUUCGCCAGCUGUUGCCGGUGAGGAACAGAAGGGCAUUAAACUUCGUGUGACAGAAAAAUGGAGGCACUUCAUCAUGAUCACAAAGAAGGCUUCACUUUAGCUUAUGGAUUGGCUCAGCUUACAGGAACGGCAGCAGUUGUAAUGGUUGUCGUUUGGGCUGGUUACUACAAAGGAGGAUUUUCAUGGCGUUCAAACCCAUCAGUUGAAUUUAAUUGGCACCCAGUGUUGAUGCUGAUUGGAAUGGUUUUUUUGCUUGGAAAUGGUGUUAUGGUGUAUCGUGCUUAUCCAAAUUUCCGCAAGUACCACUUGAAGGUGACCCAUGCUGUGAUGCAGAUAAUUGCUUUUAUAUUAUCUGUGAUUGGCCUUCAGGCUGUCUUCGAUUCACACAACCUUGCUACACCUCCAAUUCCUAAUAUGUACUCACUUCACAGCUGGAUUGGGUUGACAGCUGUUAUACUAUUUGCUUGCCAGUUUAUAACUGGGUUCGUCACAUUUCUCUUCCCUGGCUUAAAAAUAUCACUGAGGUCGGCAUAUUUGCCUAUACAUGUAUACUUUGGAAAUAUGGCCUUUGUAUGUUCUGUCGCCGCUUCUCUUCUUGGUAUGACUGAAAAGGCAUUCUUCAUGCAGACUCCGAAAUACAGUGACUUGACAUCUGAAACAUUAUUAAUUAACUUCAUCGGUGUUGCUGUUGUGGUGUUUGCAUGCCUGGUAAUGUUUAUUUUGACAGAGUCAAAAUACAAACGCCAGCCACGACCUGAAGAUGAAAUACUUCUUGGUGGAGGUUAUGAAUAAUCUGCAGUAAACAUUUUCGUGGUUGGCCUAAACCUUGUGAUAUUUUCUGUUAUGUAAUUUUAAAUGUACAGUGCUUGCUGUUGCAUUCCAUGUACUUAAGUUAUUACUUUUUAUAUGUCUUUACCUCAUUUUUAUUUGUGUACUUUUUGACUAUUGUAUAACAAAUAGUAUGAAAGUAUAAUACAGAUGUUUGUCCUGUUUAGUUCUGUAUAAACAUUAAAGCAGAAAUAAAACAGAGAUAAAAUGCUGUA